AUGUUUUCAAAAGUAAGUACUGAAAAUGAACAAAGCUUGGCUGCUUCAUAUGAAGUUUCAUUACAAUUAGCCAGAGCUAAAAAACCAUUUAGUGAUGGAGCUUUAAUAAAAAAAUGCGCAGUUGAAAUGGCUAAACGCUUUAUGCAGCCGAAAUUAGCGGAAAAGUUUGAAUCUGUUGCAUUAUCUCACCAAACGGUGGCGCGACGAAUAGAGGACAUGGGUAAUUAUAUUACGAAAAGUUUAUGUGAUUACUUUGUAGAUUGCGAAUAUUAUUCAAUAUGUUUGGAUGAAAGUACCGACCAGACCGAUGUCAGUCAAUUAAUAAUCUUCAUACGUUGCAUUUCCAAAGAUUUUACAAUCACGGAAGAAAUGCUGGAUUUAAUACCAUUUCAUGGAACAACUAAAGGCAGUGAUAUAUUUGAAGCAGUUAACAAAACUAUUGUAGAAUAUGGAGGAUUUCGUAAGUGUUCUUGUAUUGUGACCGACGGGGCAAAAGCUAUGACCGGAAAAGUGACAGGAUUUGCGGGACUUCUAAUACAAAAUGGCAUUGAUUGCCCGUUGUUCCAUUGUAUCAUACACCAAGAAGCCUUGUGUGGAAAAUCGUUGCGUCAAAUGAAUGCUAUGAAAGUUGUUAUAAGGAUAACCAAUUUGAUUAGAGGUGGAAACAGAUCAUUGACACAUAGAAAAUUUAGAGACUUCUUAUGUGAAAUCGAUGCAAACUAUAGAGAUUUACUAUUGCAUUCAGAAAUCAGAUGGCUAAGUGCUGGCCAGUGCUUGCAACGCUUUUUUGCCUUACGAAAAGAAAUACCUUUAUUUCUAAAAAAUGAGAUAUCGUCUGACACUUCUGAACUACAAGAUAAAAUGCGAGAUCCUCAGUUUCUGGCUGAUCUUGCGUUUUUAACUGAUAUGACGCAACAUUUGAAUGAGUUAAAUUUAAAAUUGCAAGGAAACUGCCACGGAAAAUGUGCGAGAUGUCGGAAGAAAAUCAAAGGUUAUAACGGAAUAACUGGACUACACUGUCGGUGGUGUCAUAUUACUCUCCAUAAUCGUUGUGUGGGCAGCGCGGGUGGAGCCUGUACGCUUGGGAGACAUGCGAGGCACAUUCUACCUCCGACAGCCAUCAGGCCGUUGGUACUAGACAGACAGAGAUCACUACCACACAGACAUACGCCUGAUAAGCAAACCCUGCCAGUGUCGAUAUCUCUUCCUAUCUCUAUCGCAGCGACCACAGAAGAGAAGAAAGAAGAGAAGGAGAAGGAAAAAGAACACAGAGCUCCACCUAUAUCCUUUCAGAUAACUCCACCAGAGGGCACUUGUCCGUUACUAGUCUUUAUUAAUCCAAAAUCUGGAGGCAGACAAGGGUCUAGAGUACUUCGAAAGCUCCAGUAUAUCUUGAACCCUCGACAGGUACAUGAUAUAGCCAAAGGGGGGCCAAUGCAAGGAUUGCAAACAUUCAAAGACGUUAGAAACUACAGAGUUAUUUGUUGUGGUGGAGACGGAACUGUUGGCUGGGUGUUGGAGACUAUGGAUAAAAUCCAGAUGGAGUGUCGUCCAGCGGUCGGCGUCAUCCCUCUUGGUACCGGCAACGACCUGGCCAGGUGUCUGCGGUGGGGUGGGGGGUAUGAAGGCGAGUCAAUCCAUAAGAUUCUGGACAAGAUAGGUCGCGCCAGCACCGUCAUGAUGGAUCGAUGGCACAUACACGUUGAGAAUUCAACGGAUGAGGUGGAACAGCUCCAGAUGCCUGACUCAGCUCCUCACCCUACAUCUGUACCAUACAACAUCAUCAACAACUACUUCUCCAUAGGCGUUGACGCCGCUAUCUGCGUCAAGUUCCACACGGAGCGUGAACGGAACCCGGACAAGUUCAGCUCCAGGAUGAAGAACAAGCUGUGGUACUUCGAGUUCGCGACCUCGGAACAGUUCGCGGCCAGCUGCAAGAACCUGCACGAGAACAUCGAGCUCGUGUGUGACGGAGUUUCCCUCGAGCUGAACAAGGGUCCCGCGCUACAGGGAGUCGCUCUGUUGAACAUACCUUACGCACACGGGGGGUCCAACCUGUGGGGGGCCAGCGGGGCUCAUAGACGGGGGAGGUUCCCGGACGCGCAGCAAGAUAUUGGUGAUAAGCUGAUAGAAGUCAUCGGCUUGGAGAACUGUCUGCACAUGGGACAAGUUAGGACAGGGCUACGAGCGUCAGGACGGCGUCUUGCCCAGUGUAGUAGCAUCAGACUUAUAACGAAAAGGACCUUCCCCAUGCAGAUUGAUGGAGAACCAUGGAUGCAGCCGCCUUGCAAGGAUAUUGACUUCGAAGGCUUCCGAUGGUUCCUGGACACCUUCCUCGAGGUCACUACUCCAGAUGACCUGGCGAGGCAUCUGUUUCUCUCCUUCGUGCGGAGAGACAAGAGACCAGCUUUACGUGAGAUGGCAGCAGCGAGUUCUACCACCGCUUGUGCUGCGGUUACCGCUCAUGCUGACCAUCCGGCAAAACUAAGUCUUGCCUCCAAGAUUCAUGGUCUCGCGGAGAGAUUGCAGCAACUUGGAAAGGGUUCCGGAGACUCGGUGGAUGGAGAGAAGGGUUCUAGAAGCAGAACUGGCAGCGUUCAUCCAAUGUUCUCUGUUACGACUCAUCCAUCAUACUCCUCUCACGAGCUGUGUCUAGGGAGGUUGGAGACCAGCCCCAGUCACAGCCAAAUGUCGAGGAACUCCAGCCGGAAAAGCAGCAAUAGCUUACGUGUGAAUCAAUCAACGAAGAUAGAAGACUUCAAGCACCUAAUGCGACGUCCUUCAACCAUUGAAGUUCAUACAGCUCGAGUCUCUCUUAAAGACAUCGUGUGUUACCUCUCCCUCCUGGAAGCUGGCAGACCUGAAGAUAAACUGGAAUGUAAGAACACUACCAGCAGAUAA